AUGUCAAACGAAUCUAUACAAAUGAUGGAUUUCAAUAUAGCUUCUGAUGAAGAUGGAGAAAGAGUUGAAACAGUUGCAUCCAAUAGUAAAGAUGAACAAAUGACGGCCACUGUUCAUGAAAACGGUUAUGAAUCAGAAUGUAGUUCAAGCACGAGAAGUGAUGAAGAUUUAGCGCGUUCAGUACUUGAAAUUGAAGCUGAUGCAUUUAGACGUUUUAUUGAACGACAACGUACUGAAGUAAUGUUUGAAUUACGUCAUAUACGUUUAGGAGAACGACCUGUUACUGGUCAACCGAAUCGUGAACGAAUUGAAACAUUUUUAAAUAAUAUUCAAGAACAACAACAUCAAAAUCGCCGAGUACCAUCAACUAGACCUGCUAUGCCUAGUGCUCAUAUCGAUGAUAUUGAUUCAUUAGCGACUCGCCGAUGUGUAUCGGCUGCAUUAGGCAGUGUAGCAUUUCGGCAAGAUCUUGAAAGUGCUAUUCGACGUUCAAUAACACCUAGAACAGUGCCAUCGGGACAACAAAUUCCACGAGCACCACCUAUACCAGAAACAUUAGUAUCAUCUGUCGUCGAACAACAACAAUCUGCUCAAAUUACACAAAUUUCAUCAGAUUUACCGGCACCUGUACUCCUAGUUACUAGAGAACAACAACAACAGCCAUCUCAAAUUAAUCAAACUCGUACACAUGAGCCAUUCAAUAUUGAAAGACACGAGCGUGAACUGAAUGCAUGGCAAGCAAUAACUCAAUUACAACGCGAAAUCAUCGUUUUAGAAAUUAGUGAUCUUGUGCAUCGACAAUUAGUCACAAGUGCUCUAGAAAGCGAUUUCCGUCAGCAUCUUGAACAAAACAUUUAUACUCGCCUAGAACAGGGAGCACCAACUCAACAAGUAGAUCAGCCAACGCCAAUAGUCAGAACACCAAGAGUUCCUCCUGCGCCUGCUCCGAUUCGAGUGAUGCCUACUACUCAUGGUGCUACUUCGAAUGUUGAUGCAUUAUCAACACGACUUGAUUCCAUGCAACAAAUGUUACAGCUAAUGCUUUCCAUGCAAAUGGAUAUGCAAAGAUCGCUGCGUCAAGAAGUUGCAAGUGCUAUGGCAAAUAGCUCAUCAAAUAGCAUAGUUUCAACAAGUCAACCAAUGAAUGCUGGACAUUGCACAGUAUGUUUGAAUGCAAUAGCUGAUACCGUACUUUACCGUUGCGGUCAUCUCUGUGUAUGCUAUAUGUGUGGAUUAAAUCUUCGAGAAUCGACAUCGGCAAAUGGUGUCAAAUGUCCGAUAUGCCGAGCUCCGGUUGAUGAUAUUCUUCGUGUUUAUAGAAGUAGCCGUGAUGGAGAAUAA